AUGUACACGUACCCACUCAGCCGCCCCUUCCAGCGGAGGCACACCGAACCCAACAUUUUCACGUUCUACAACAACACCAACACGACGGAUCCACGAAAGAAAGCUGAAGAAAUCGCGCAUAUAGACGCGGAAAUCGGGCACAUUGAAGAUAAUAUCGUCAUGCUUGUCCGGCGACGGUCGUUCUUGCAGAGAAAGCGCAACACCUAUUCCCCCGCCGUCCGCCUGCCCACAGAGCUCCUGGCUCUGAUAUUCGACUACGCGUGCCUCCCCAGCUCGGACGACGCGUGGAAAGACCUGUUCAUGUUCCAGCACCAGUGGGCGCAUGGUGCGACGAACCUAGGUAUGGGCCUCGGUACGGGGGCAGUAACACCUUUGUUUCUCGGCACAGUGUGUUCGACGUGGAGAGACAUCGCGUUCGGGACAUCGAGACUCUGGAAUGCGGUCAAGAUACGCCUGAACGACAAGCAUGCACAACAACAAGCGCUACUGCUGCGGCAGUGGCUUACGCGUGCAGGGAAUCGGCCGCUUUCGAUAAAGAUCGUCGAGGACGAGACGCACGCGCAUAGGAGUGACGACGAUGAAGAACACGACGGCAGUGGGGACGACGACGACAGGUGGGAUCGCGACGUCACCUCCAGAGCCGUAAUCGACGUCCUCGCGUCGUUCUCAACACAGUGGCAUACCCUCGACCUCUUCGUGCCGAGCAACUGGAAAAAUGCACUCUUCAAGGUCCGGCACGCGCUACCCCAGCUCACGAACCUUACGCUACGUGUGGUAGAUCUCAGCACAACACUCGCGCGCGUUGACGCGUUCGCACACGCGCCCGCCCUGCACAGCGUCUCGCUCGUCGGGUACUCCCUGUCUGACGUCGCACUUCCCUACGCCCAGCUCGAGCGGCUCGACGCGGAGUACUUCACCGUCAGCGAGUGCCUCGACGCGCUCCGGCGCUGCCCCUCCCUCCGCCAAUGCCAGUUCCACCAAGUCGACGGGCUGGGGGAUGUCGAACCUCCCCCGAACACCACCCUGGCUUUCUCGGUGCGGCACGAGCAGCUGCAGGCGCUCGAGCUCGUGAUGGACGGGAAGCCCGAGAUGCACGCGCUGCUUGGGGCGCUCUGGCUUCCUGCGCUGACGAAGUUCGUGCUGUCCCUGUCAGACGAUGAGCCGCUGGUCGGGGCAGUGAUGCUGUUCCUCUGGGGCGCAGGGUGCGUGAGGACGUUGAGGCACCUGCAUUUAGUGGGCGAAACGCCUGGAGACGAGGAGCUGGUCGAGGCGUUGAGGGAGAUGUGGGGGUUAGAAGUGUUAAUGUUGAUUAAUCCUGACUCAGAGGAGGGCGAGAAGUUGGGAGACGGGUUCUUGGAGGCGAUGGACCCCAGCAAGAGUAGGAGAGGGAGGGAUGGGAAUAUGAGAUGCCUCGUCCCUCUACUCCAAAAAUUCGAGUACCAAGGAGCGGUUUCCUUCAACCCACACACGCUGGUCAAGUUCCUCGUCCAACGGUGGAAACCUGAAUCGACGUACGAGGCUUAUGAAAGCAAUCAUUCCUCGACUGAGGCCCGUCGGCUCUCGCAAUCGCCGGUGCCCAUGGAUGUCGACUCAGAGCCUGAGGGCCUCUCCUCCCCACAUGUCUCCGCUCUGAAAUCCGUGAUUUUGACCACUGCGAAGAAGACCCAGUUCGAUAACGACGACGCGGAUACGGUGCGGAGGCUGAUAGAGGACGGAAUGCACCUUGAGUUCGUGAAGGACGUGAAUGCGGAUGGACCGAGUUGGUGA